AUGCUGCUUCUUGCCAUUCUUGCAGUAUCUCUGGCAUACCAAUCAGGCCUGAAUCCACCAGGUGGAUUUUGGUCAAGAAGUACAGAUCAUCAUUCAGCUGCUGAUCGCAUCCUUGAGGAUACCCACCAUCGCCGGUUCAUUGCAUUCUUCUAUCUCAAUGCAAUCGCCUUUGUGGCAUCCAUUGUCAUGAUCACUUUGCUCUUGAACAAGAUGGCGAGCGACAAGGUUACCAAACGGCGUGCAUUGCCAAUAACGAUGAUAGUGGUCCUACUUUCCCUAACCGGAGCUUUUGCUCUAGGGAACUGCAGGGAGGCAAACAAGACUGUUUUCAUAUCAGUGCUCGUAUGUAGUGUACUUGCUUAUGUUCUCAUUCAUGUCUUGAUAGCAAUACAUAUAAUUCCUCCAGAAUGGAGAAGGCAGGUGGCGGAGAUGUUAGAGCACUCAGUUAGUCAUUUUUGCUCAGUGCCGUGUCAAUUUGGCCACAACCAUACUGGGGGUGAUACUAGUGAGAAGGAGUUGGGAAGGCGGCGUAAUCUGCUAUUGACCAUUGCUAUUUUGGCUGUGACUGUCACAUACCAAGCUGGCAUGAACCCUCCAGGAGGUGUCUGGUCUGAUGACCAGAAAGCCACGGGAACUCCGGGCAAUCCAAUCCUUCAGGAUACCCAUCCAAAACGCUAUGAUGUGUUCUACUACUCAAAUUCAGUUUCAUUUGUGUCGUCUGUGGUCGUCAAAAUAUUACUUGUGAAUAAGGAAUCCUGUGAGUAUGGAAUCAAGUCAUAUGCACUGCGAGUGUGUUUGGUGGCGGGCUUGCUUGGCCUCCUCAUUGCGUAUGUUGCAGGAAGUUGCAGAAAUAUUAAACAGUCCAUAUAUCUGAGCACCAUUGCUAUGGGAGUUCUAGUCUCCCUUCUGAUUCAAGUUCUGCUGUCUUCGAUGCAUGAUACACUAGGAAAACCAUUGGCUAAGUGUCUAGGAUUUCUACACGAUCUUCUCUUCCAUGCAGAGGGUGAACAAGUAAACACUCCUGUGAGUCCAGAAGCUUCAGUUGACGUGAGGUCAGAAGCUUCAGUUGAGGUGAGGCCAGAAGCUUCAGUUGUCGAAGAAGAAAGGGUGAGAAAGAGACACAAGUAUCUGAUGCUUCUUGCAAUUUUAGCAGCAUCGAUCGCUUACCAAGCUGGUCUGAACCCACCUGGUGGAUUUUGGUCUGAUGAUAAGGGCCAUGUAUCAGGCAAUCCCGUCCUUCGUGAUAUUAAUCACCGACGGUUCAAGAUCUUCUUCUGGUUCAAUUCUUUCGCAUUCAUGGCAUCCAUUGUCGUGAUCAUACUGCUGCUGAGUAAAUCGAUCAGGAAGAAGGCUGUGCCAAUUGGGGUAUUGCACUUGAUCAUGAUACUGGAUAUGUUGGCUCUCAUGACAGCUUUUGCUGCGGGGAGCUGCAGCAAAUUGAGGACUUCAGUGUAUGUCUAUGCACUAGUUGGCUGUGUUGUAGUAAUCCUGCUGCUCCUAAUUAUUGUGACAAGUGCAAUUGCAAAAUAUUGGAAGCCAAGAGAGGGAAGUGGGAUUAACUCCCUGAGACGUCCUGAACCUGUUUCAGGAGCAAACACAUCGGCAUGA